AUCGCACCCGCCCCUGAAUUCAUCUUUUUUUCCCUCCCUCCCCUUCAGAUCGCACCCCCCCCCUUGGAUUCAUCCCUUCUUUCCCUCCCUCCCCUUCAGAUCGCACCUGCCCCUGAAUUCAUCCCUUCUUUCCCUCCCUCCCCUUCAGAUUGCACCCGCCCCUGAAUUCAUCCCUUCUUUCCCUCCCUCCCCUUCAGAUCGCACCCCCCCCUUGGAUUCAUCCCUUCUUUCCCUCCCUCCCCUUCAGAUCGCACCCGCCCCUUCAUCCCUUCUUUCCCUCCCUCCCCUUCAGAUCGCACCCGCCCCUGAAUUCAUCCCUUCUUUCCCUCCCUCCCCUUCAGAUCGCACCCGCCCCUUCAUCCCUUCUUUCCCUCCCUCCCCUUCAGAUCGCACCCGCUCCUGA